AUGGGCGUCUCAAUUAACAAGUUUCACUCGCGGUGCGAUACGACAAACUCCAAUAAAGUAGCCAACAGCAUCCGAGAGAUUGCCAAAAGAGCAAUUCUACGAAAACUUAACAGGGAGCUCUCUGUGAUACGCAUAGAAUACAUAAGAAUUCUUUUGGGUCAGCCUCAAGACAUUCACACUGGCCUUGAAGGGGAAGCGAAGAACUCUUUCAAGCUGACCCUGACAGGAGGCGAUGAGCACGUCCCCAACGGUUCCUCGUUUGGGAUAUUACAGGAUCCAUUGAAAAAAUCCAUCGAUUUCCAGGAGACUGAUAACGCAGGCAUGAUGAAGAAUGACUUGUGGAGUAGCAAACGAGGCAUCCGCCGUCAUUUGCCAGAUUGCGCAAGGGGGUGGAAAUUUGCGAUACUGUCCGAGGCCACAGUUACAUUCCCUUCAGAUGAUUCUCCAAUCAGGCACCGCACCUUGGGAAUAAUUAGCGAGGACAAUCCUUUGCAGGUCAUAAUAAUUCCCAAGGAGGUUCCCAGAAUAGAGAUCACGCCGCCGCCUAGAGUAGAGUCAUCGCCAGCGCAGUCAUGGGUUGAAACUGAAGAGUUUGGCGAGGCAGAAGAUCUCACCAUGUAUGAUAUGUAUCCCGACUUUUUUGUGCUCGAUGGGAUCGAGGAAUACGAAACGCCCGAUUAUGAUGCACGAAACUCUCUGCAGUAUGUCUUGGGAGAUUGGAUGGGCGAUGGGGAAAUCUCAGAUAGCAGCGAGGACGAGGAAGGGUUUUAA